GUGUGUGGCGUUCAGGCUCAGUGUAGUAGGAGUCUGCAGAACAGUUAACACACGUUCAUCAGGAGCCAGGAGACUUUCGCAGCCGGACUUUACCUGCUUUUUAAAUCAGACGCUCAGGACAACACGCACAAUGCCAAACUGGGGAGGAGGCAACAAAUGCGGCGCGUGCAGUGGGACAGUCUACCACGCCGAGGAAGUGCAGUGUGACGGAAAGAGCUUCCACAAAUGCUGUUUCCUCUGCAUGGUCUGCAGGAAGGGCUUAGACAGCACCACACUGGCCAUUCAUGACCAGGAGAUCUACUGCAAGUCAUGCUACGGUAAAAAGUACGGCCCCAAAGGCUACGGCUACGGACAGGGGGCGGGCACGCUCAGCAUGGACCGAGGAGAGCGGCUGGGCAUCAAACACGAAGAGACGCCGACUCACAGACCCACCACCAACCCCAACCCGUCCAAGUUUGCCCAGAAGUUUGGAGGUUCAGAGAAAUGUGCGCGAUGUGGAGACUCUGUCUACGCAGCUGAGAAGAUCAUGGGGGCGGGCAAGCCCUGGCACAAGAACUGCUUCCGCUGCGCGAAAUGUGGAAAGAGCUUGGAGUCGACCACCCAGACGGAGAAGGACGGAGAAAUCUACUGCAAAGCGUGCUACGCCAAGAACUUCGGGCCCAAAGGCUUCGGUUACGGCCAGGGAGCCGGAGCUCUGGUUCACGCUCAGUGAUGAAGCUGCAGUGGAUCCCUCAGACAGAACAUCUCACCCUCACACAUUCCUCCGUGCUACUCUCGACUUUGUUACUGUGUUUGCUACCCUCCGUGCUCCCGCGCUGAAACGGCGAAAUAAAAAAACAUUUACAAACCAAA